UUGUUUAAAAUGAUUGCAAACACAUGCUACUCCUCCUGGUUCCUCCACACAUGAGUCUUGCCCCUCUUCUCCAUUUCACCACUUUUACGUCAAACACACACACACACACACACCCUCAAGAACACGAACCCAACAAUUCACACACAUAGAAACAAAGUAACACAGAGAUACUUCGAGACACAGAGUUGGGGAGAAGCAAAUUUCUUGUGAUCACUCAUCACUGUGUGAAUUACACACACACACACAGCAACGUAAUUCUCCCCUUCAUGCCCACAAACACACACUCACAUAUAUAUAAGACCUGAGAGAAAGAGAUAGAGAGAGAGUUUUUAUCUGGGCUAGGUGUUUUUUUUUCUUUUACAGAGAUAGGGAGUGAGCGAAAUGAUGCAGGAAGGGGGAUCAUCGUCGUUGACGGCAGCGGGGGAAGGAGGAGGGAGGAGGAAGCCGUCGUGGAGAGAGAAAGAGAAUAAUCGGAGGAGGGAGCGACGGCGGAGAGCGAUUGCGGCGAAUAUAUAUAAUGGGUUGAGAGCACAGGGGAACUACAAUUUGCCUAAACAUUGUGAUAACAAUGAGGUUUUGAAAGCACUUUGUCAAGAAGCUGGUUGGGUUGUUCUUCCUGAUGGCACCACCUUUCGUAAGGGUUCGAAGCCACCACUACCUUCCAUUGAAACCGGCGGCACAUCCACCACUACGACGCCGUGUUCUUCCCAGAAACCAAGUCCGCCGUCUUCAUCGUUUCCGAGUCCGAUCCCUUCAUAUCAAUGCAGCCCAUCAUCUUCAUCGUUCCCAAGUCCAUCAAGUAACCCAUUUGCAUUUCUUCGAAACACCAUUCCAUCUUCUCUCCCACCUCUCCGGAUCUCCAACAGUGCCCCUGUAACUCCACCUCUCUCAUCUCCAACUUCAAAGUUUCCUAAACCCAACAAUCUCAACUGGGAAUCGUUCACAAAACAAUCGAUUUCCUCAUUCAAUUUGCCAUUUUUUGCGUCGUCUGCGCCUACAAGCCCUACCAGAUCCCACCGCUUCACACCUGCAACUAUCCCGGAGUGUGAUGAAUCUGAUUGCUCCACCAUUGAUUCAUGCCAAUGGUUGCGAUUCAAGAACUAUGAACCGAUGGUGAUGACAAACCCCAACUCCCCGACUUAUAACUUGGUGAAACCGGUGGCUAGAGCCACUGCCGCCAUGGAUGCGAGCUCGGAGAAAGGUAAAGGGAUGGAAUUCGAGUUUGAGAAUGGAGGAGUGAAGGCAUGGGAAGGCGAGAGGAUUCAUGAUGUUGGAGUGGAUGAUCUUGAACUCACUCUUGGAAGUGGGAAUUCUAAAAUAUAAUGUGUGUGUGUGUUUGUUUUAAAGAUUGAAGUUAGCAACUUAAGCAUGGCAGUGAACAGUUCUUGAAGAUGCACAUUAAAUAUUGAGUAGAAAUUAUGAUAUUUUAUUUGAAUUUCUUUA